CUUCUACUCAGAGAAAGUUUUCUACUCAAAAUACAAAGUUUCAAUUAGAACAAGAGGAGUAGUGAAGGAAGUUGGAAAGAUGGAGUUUCUUGGGGUUCUUUGUUUUAUAGUGGUGGUCAAUCUUUCUUUCUUGAUUUGGAAAUUGUUAAACGCUUGGUGGAUUUGUCCGAUUCGGAGAUAUCGUAAGCUCAAAAGAAAUGGGUUUGGAGGUCCAGCUCCAAGUUUCCCUUUCGGUAACACUAGUGAGAUGAAAAGAAAGGCAACUGGGAAUACUGGUUCAUGCAACAAUAAUUAUAUCAGCCAUGAUAUACACCCCACUGUGUUUCCUUACUUCGACCGGUGGCAAAAAGUUCACGGGAAUGUAUUCAUCUACUGGCUAGGCACGGAACCAUUUUUAUACAUAGCAGAGCCAGAAUUUGUAAGAAAAAUGUCAGCUGGAGUGAUGGGCAAGAGUUGGGGAAAGCCCAGUGUACUGAGAAAUGAUAGAGAACCCAUGUUUGGUAAUGGUUUGGUUAUGGUCGAAGGUGACGACUGGGUUCGUCACCGACGCCUCAUCAACCCUGCAUUCUCUCCAGCCAACUUAAAGGGUAUGGCACGCUCAAUGGUAGAGUCAGCUACCAAUAUGCUGAACAAGUGGACAACUCUCAUAAAUUCUGGUCACCCAGAAAUCGAUGUCGAGAGAGACAUAGCGUCAACAGCCGGAGAAAUCAUCGCGAAGACGAGCUUUGGCAAGAACUAUCAAAAUGGACAAAAAGUGUUCCAAAAGCUAAAGGCCAUGCAAAUCACUCUUUUCAAGUCCAACAGUUUUCUAGGGGUUCCUUUCAGCAAGUACAUGUACCCAAAGCAAUUAGAGGCCAAAAGGCUUGGAAAAGAAAUCGACCAACUACUGUUAUCAAUAAUAAACGCUAGAAAAGAAACCAUUAAUGACGAGAAUCCUCAGUACUGUGACUUGCUAGGGUUAUUGCUUAAAUCGAAUAAUGAAAAUGGAGGGACAGGGAAGCCAUUAACGACUCGAGAACUGAUCGACGAGUGCAAGACUCUCUUCUUCGGAGGCCACGAUACGACGGCGUUGGCAUUGACCUGGACGUUGCUGCUUUUGGCAUUGCAUCCAGAGUGGCAAACCCAAUUGAGAGAAGAGAUCAGAGAAGUGAUUGGAGAUAAAGAAGUUGAUUUUACCACCAUUGCUGGUCUCAAAAAGAUGGGAUGCGUGAUGAACGAAGUUAUUCGACUCUACUCCCCAGCUCCAAAUAUACAAAGGCAAACAAGAGAAGACAUUCGAGUAGAUGACCUAAUAAUCCCAAAAGGAACCAACAUGUGGAUUGAUGUCGUGAAAAUGAACCAUGACUCGGCUCUAUGGGGGAAGGACGUGAAUGAAUUCAGACCAGAGAGGUUCAAGGAUGACAUCUAUGGAGGGUGCAACCACAAAAUGGGCUUUUUGCCAUUUGGGUUUGGAGGACGAAUGUGCGUGGGUAGGAAUUUUAGUAUGAUGCAGUACAAGAUUGUGUUGACCUUAAUUUUGUCUAGGUUUUCCUUUACCCUUUCCCCAAUUUAUUGCCAUUCUCCUUCUACACUUCUCACUUUGAGGCCUAGCUAUGGGUUGCCUCUCAUACUUCAACCCAUUUAAUUAGUCCAGCUUGUGAAUGUAACAUUUUCGUUUGUAAUGUAUUUUAAAUUAAAGCAUUAUAUAUAUAUAUAUAUAUA